GAGAAUACAAUCUACCAUAUGGAAAACUACAUAAAGUCAAUAUAAAGUUUAGAAUCAGGAAAGAAGACAAGAAAGUUAAUUGGGGAAAGGGGUGAACACAGUCUAUUAGUGAGGAGCACUACAGCAGAAGAGAAGAAAGGAAAUCUUGUUGAAAAGCCUGGCUGGUUCAGGGACUGAUCCACAGGAGAUCUAAAAAGGAAAAACGAAGAAAAGAUCAAAACCAGAAGGUGAAGGAGUUGGGAACUACGAAGAGGAGCAUAACAAAGACAAGAUUUAAAAGAACUGAAACUCAAUUUCAGGAUGUCAGCAUGUCAGAGGUGUUUGUGCUGUGUCAAAUAUUCGAUGUUUGUCUUUAACCUCAUCUUCUGGCUAGGAGGAUGCGGUUUGUUUGGUGUUGGAGUGUGGCUGUCCUUCACGCAAGCGGAGUUUUCGUCUCUUCCUCUGUCCUUCCCAUCCCUCUCAGUUGCCAAUCUGCUGCUAGUUGCUGGUGGCAUUACCAUGGUGACAGGUUUCCUGGGUUGUCUUGGAGCCCUUAAGGAGCAGCGCUGCCUAUUGGUCAUGUUCUUUGUGAUCCUUUUUAUCCUGGUCGUGACAGAGGUGACUCUAGUGUUGGUAUACACCUAUGACAAGCUGGAUUCCAAAGUACAAGGUGAAUUAAAGGAAGGAAUGAAUAAUUAUAAUUCCGAGCCUGGACUGAAAAAAUCCUGGGACAAUGUCCAGAAAAAGUUCAAAUGCUGUGGAGUAACGAACAAAACAGACUGGUAUGAUGUGUUGAAUGGAACGCUGCCCUCAUCUUGCUGCUCUGUUGGGACAGACCAAUGUGUUGAUGGUUGGAGUGAGCCCUGUUACCAGAAGGCCAGACAGUGGCUGCUAGAUAACAUCGCCCAUGUUCUGGUGCUUGGUGUGUGUAUUGGUGUUGUGCAGAUCUUGGCCCUGGUGUUCUCCAUGCUGAUGUGCUGUCAAACCUGUGUGCUGAGAAGUACUUGAACUGACUGCAGACCAGCUGUUGACUGACCCAAAAUGUGAUGGCUCACCGCAAACUGCUCUGGGAUCUCAAUAUACUCUCCAAACCAGACUGUGGUACUGUAGUGCUUACUUUGGGUUCAGACCUUAAAUGGAUGUCUUUCAAAUGUCUUGAUGCAUUGGGUUAGAAAUUCCUCUUAAGAUUCCUCAAAAGUCUCUUGCCCUAGUUUGACCAGUGUACCAUGGGGUUUCAGUCAGGGCCCUCAGUAACGAACUGCACUAACAUCCCCCACCCACCUACCUACACACACACACACACACACACACACACACACACACACACACACACACACACACACACACACACAUAUUCCUCAUGUUGGUGCCGAUACAGCCAACACAGCCGAAUACAAAAUACACACAAAUAUCAUGCAGUAUAUGCACUACUGCUUCAACACCAACAAGACAGGUGAUCUUCACUUUCAACAACACAAAUGCACAUGCACACCACUGUGCACUAUAGCGGCUACUGCAGCAUCACCAUUAGAUCUUCCUUUAUGUCACUCAGCAACCACUUGGCACAACACAAAAACAAUAUACUGAAAUAAUAAUAAUAAUAAUAUACUAUACUAUACUAACAUACUAAUAAUAUACUUAAUAAGUGGCAUCAGACACUGUCAACAUGGGGCAUCAACACUGAAACACAGCAUCUCUAUCUACUGCCCAAUUGCGCCCUCUUUUGGAAACCUCCAGCAAUACCAAUCAAAUACAACCUUAAAGUAGAAAUGGAUAACUUUUUGCUUUAACUUAUCAUUAUGAAGAAAACGUUGAUUGCACAGUGUAAUGGCUAUAGAAUAAUGACACUGUUGGCAUUUAGAUUGGUUCCUUAUAAGCCCUGCUUUAGCUACUACUAACGGGAAGAAAGCCCUCUAGAAAGCAGUUAGCUAAGCUACCAGCCCUACAGUCAUAGAAUCCUGGAUCAGUAUUCACUCAGGCCGGCUGUCAGGCUGAUCUAUAGGCCUUUUCCAUGCACAUGUACUGGAACACAGGGCUACCCACUUGAAGGUGUGUCUUUAACUAAUGACGCACUUAUCUUGAGUCAAAAAGCAGCGGGCUGUAUACAUCAUGGCUGUGACUAGUGGUCAAAGUCGCAGCUGUAAAACGGUGGAUGAACACAUAUAAAUUCCUAUAAAUUUUUCACAAUAAAAGCCUUCCAUUAUUUUUUCAGUGGAACACAUAUGAAGCAGCAACAGCAGUAAAUGUUUUCAUCUGCAGUAACUUAGUGCCAUUCCGAUAUGGCUGAAAGCAAGGAAACGUUUAAAUAAAGCAGAUAUCUGAGAGUGAAAACAAGGAUGCAGAAGAGAGACUAAACUUCAAACCACAGAGAUUCAGUCAGAAGCUUGGCCAUGGUCAGCGACACAUAAAUGCAACCUGCUUGGAGGCUGGUCAAGCACACUUUGGCCUGACUCCGGAGAUGGUCCAUCUCUGGCACAAUAUAUGCUAUUUUAUAUAGAUUCACAUAUUCUAAUUUCUAUCUGCUUUCAUGUCUCCACUACAGACUAAAUGAAUGAUCAAACUCAGGCUUUUUCUCCUAAUGUUUUCCUCUAAUGUAACUCUGAUGCCACCCUGACGCCAACCCCUGCCAUAGUUAUUUGUACUACAUGUUUAUGCGAAGCAAUAAUGUUACUCUAACUAUGUUAUUACUAUGCAGUGCACAUCAUUACAGGAGCUUUUGCCUGUUCCCAUAUCAUGAACUUGUGACAAUUUCAAUUACCUCUUCAGUGAACAUGCUUCUUUCCUCUCUCUUAUUUCCAAAACAAUCUGGUUGUCUUCACAACAGCGUCAAU